AUGCAGCUGAUGCAUAAUUUUGGAGAUCUUAGACAUGCUUUGCAAAGACAGGAAUGGCUGCAACUUCAGCUCCACAACAUGUACACUGCGUCAAUGAGCACACCGCAGGAAUCUACCCCCAAGGUGGCAGAAAACAGACAACAGAAGCCAUUAAAAAAAGAGAACAGACCGAAACACUUCUCCCAGCAAAACCAACAUAUAAAUCCAAAGAAGUCUCACCGACACAAUGUAAAACUCAACGUAGACAAAGUUUUAAAGCCAGAUAUCCCGUGA